CCCACCCUCCCACUUCCCACAUCAGAGACCUGAUCCUUCCUCACAAACCAGGCUGGGAUUAUAGGAUUAGCCUAAAUCAUCCUGUGAGCACGACUUCCUGCUAAGCGAGGGAGGGAGGGAGAGAUAGGGGAAAGGAUGAUCUGGCACUCAGGGGGUUAAUUCUGCUGCCUGAUUAGCCGCAAAUGGGGGGAAUGCCUCCUCCUCCCCCCACCCCCAAUCUUCUUAGCCAGCUUCUCCCAGUUUAAAAGAGGCAGAAGCUAAACCCAGGGGACUCCCUGCUGCGGUGAGGGUUUUAAGGAGAUGAAUGGGCAGAUUCCUCUCCCUCCUUCCACCACUCUUCCCUGUCCCAAGCCUCCCGCUCUGAGUCACCAUCCCAAACCUCUCCCCGCUUCGGAUCCACCUAUAGAGUCCAGCAGCCCCAACCCGCAUCCUCUCCCUGCCUCCCUCCUAUCAGCACCCGCUUCUUCCCUUUCCUCCUCCUCCUCCGGCGGCGCAGCCCCUGUCUCCAGUCCCCGGGCUCUGCUGCCCCUGCUUCCCCCUGAGCUCCUGGCUGCGCUGAUCCUCGCAGCAUCCUCCUUCCGCCCGCUCCUCUCCUCCGCCAGUCCCUCCACACACCACAGGCCACUGUCUCUUUAAGUUCCCUCCCGCACUGUGCUGACAGCUGCUCCCUGCUCCCCCUCCCUCCCCUGGCUCUGUCUCUCUGUCUGUCACAGCAGCUCUGCUUGGGACCAACCCGCACACCACCGCCAUCCCCCCCUUCCCUCUCCAUCCCCCCCUCGCCCCCUUGGAUACCAUGAGUCUUCCUCGAGGGGAGCGCCUGGAGGGAUCCUAGCCCCGCUGACCCUCCCCAUUUGUGUGGCCCCCUCCUCCUCCUCCUCCUCCUCUUCCUUCUCCUCCUCCUCCUCCCCCCUCAACCCUGCAGCCUGAGCGAGAUGUUUCACGCCUUGGUAGCAGGGGGCAUUGUCUUCCCCGGCCUCUUCUUGUUGUCCAAGAACGGCCUCAAGUGGCUGCCAUGGCUGCGAUGGGAGGAGGCCGACGCGGUCAUCGUCUCCGCCAGGUUUGUCUCCUCGGUGCAGGCCAUCAUGGCUUCCACGGUCGGCUACAUCGUCUCCUCUUCCUGCAAGCACGUUAUCGACGACCAGCACUGGCUGACCUCCUCCUACACCCAGUUUGCCAUCCCCUACUUCAUCUACGACAUCUACGCCAUGUUCUUGUGCCACUGGCACAAGUACCAGGUCAAAGGGCACGAGUCGGCCGGCACCCGGACGCUGCGCACCGUCGUCCGCACCUACUUGCACAAGGAGUUCCUCAUGGUGGUCCACCAUCUCUUCAUGGUGCUGGUUUGCUUCCCCAUGUCCGUGCUCUGGCGCCAGGGCAAGGGCGAUUUCUUCCUGGGUUGUAUGUUGAUGGCUGAGCUCAGCACCCCUUUUGUCUGCCUCGGCAAAGUCCUCAUCCUGUACAAGCAGCAACACACCCUUCUUCAUAAGGUGAAUGGGAUAAUCAUGCUGAUCACAUUCUUCUGCUGCCGGAUCCUGCUCUUUCCUUACAUGUACUGGGUAUACGGGCACUAUGCCGGCCUGCCCCUUUAUCGCGUGCCCUUCUCCAUCCCCGUCGAGUACAACUUGGGAUCGGCCAUCCUCAUGGCGCCCCAGGUUUACUGGUUUGGCCUCAUAUGCCGUGGCGCUUUCCGCGUAUACCGCUCCCAGGGCGCUGCCAAGGAUCAGGUGCUGCGAAAUGGGCACAGACCAGAGACGCAGGUGCUGGACUGAUGAUACCUCUCCCUCCUCAGCCACAGACGGACAGACCACAUUUCCUCUAACUUAUUUAUUUAUUGGGGUAUGGGAGGGAAUGGAUGGAUUGGGGGAGUGGGCUCCUAGGCCAAAGGGGAUUUGGGGAGGCCUGGAAAGGCGUUGCGGGGGGCGGGGGGUUCCAGUGAAGUAUUCGGAAGGGACAAAGACAAUAGUCCUUUGGUGCAGUGUGGGGUUCCUUUGCUAAAGGCAGCCCUCUAAUAUUGCAACACUCAGUAUUUUGAAACUCCUCGGGGGCAGGGAUGGGGGUAGAGUCCUAAACCAAAGGGAUAUAUAUAUAUAUAUGAUGUUUCUUUUACAGAGGGACUUUCAGGCCAGUGGUUAUAUAGGAGGGCUGAGAACAGGGUACAUGGACGAAGUUUAUUUGAGGCUGCAAGAUAAGAACAAGGCAUCUCUAGUGUGUUAGGGGCUCUCGCAAAUCACCCCCCCCAAAUAAUAUAUGUGCUAUUUAUUUCCACACCAUGCUGUGAGCACCCCAGGACUACCUGAGCCCAUACUAGGCAAGGAGACAACUCAGUUAACUAUUUGGGUGGGGUGGUGCUGUUUCUUGGGAACAGAGAGAGAUGCUAGUGAUGGGGGUGGGGAGGUAGGGAAGAGAGACAACGGGGGCUUUUCUAUACUAUUAUCCAUAGAGUCACAGUAUCACAGCUAUUAUUAAAAGGGGCAGGGAAAUAGUCUGGAUUUCCUCACACUGUAUUGUUAGGGGUUCUAUCAGCAGAAUUAGGAAUUGUUGUAGGGUAGCUGAUAGUGAAACACCCUGGAAUUUUUGGAUGCUGCUAAAUUGCAAGUGAUCUUCAGUAUUACUGUGAUGCCACCUGCCCAGAAAACCCCCAAAUGCUGUAUAAAAUGUAUCCCCUUGCACUGGGAAGGUUCCAAGAGGUGUGCUUCCUAACAUGCACCCCUCCCUCCCUCCACCUAGCAAUAACCAAGCCUCUUGCCUCCACCUCCUCCUCUGUUCGGCACACCAACCCCUUCCCUCUUCCCUCCUAGGAACGCCCAUUCCAUGGGGCAGGGAUCCAGCUGUAAAUAGGGGGCGGGCGGGCUGUAUUUAUAACCUGAGGUCUGCAAAAGUAUUAAAGGAGCCUUUAUCUAAUGCCA